AUGACUUCAAGACAAAAGGACCAACAUGGAGCAAGAAGUCAGCGCUUUCAGGAGGCCGACAAACCUCACAGAAGAAAGGGAGAGAAAACCUACAGCUGUGACUUGUGUGGAAAGUCUUUUACCCUGGCUCAAAGCCUAAAAAGACACGAAGUCAUCCACAGUGGAGUUAAACCUUACAGCUGUGACUUGUGUGGAAAAUCUUUUACCCAGGCUGGACACUUAAAAACUCACCAACUCAUCCACAGUGGAGUUAAACGUUACAGCUGUGACUUGUGUGGAAAGUCUUUUACCCUGGCUGGAGACUUAAAAACACACCAAUUCAUCCACAGUGGAGUUAAACCUUACAGCUGUGACUUGUGUGGAACGUCUUUUACCCGGGCUGGAGACUUAAAAAGACACCAACUCAUCCACAGUGGAGUUAAACCUUACAGCUGUGACUUGUGUGGAAAGUCUUUUACCCAGGCUGGAGACUUAAAAAGACACCAACUCAUCCACAAUGGAUUUAAACCUUGCAGCUGUGACUUGUGUGGAAAGUCUUUUACCCUGGCUGGAGACUUAAAAAGACACCAAGUCAUCCACAGUGGAGUUAAACCUUACAACUGUGAGUUUUGUGGAAAGUCUUUUACCCAGGCUGGAAACUUAAAAAAACACCAACUCAUCCACAGUGGAGUUAAACCUUACAGCUGUGACUUGUGUGGAAAGUCUUUUACCCGGGCUGCACACUUAAAAGGACACCAAAUCACCCAUAGUGGAUUUAAAGCACACAGCUGUGAGUUGUGUGGUAAGGCUUUUGCUCAAAAUGGCGGUUUACAGAGGCAUCUAGUUACCCACUCUGGAAUUAAGGCGUACAGCUGCGACUUUUGUGGAAAAAGUUUCAGCGACAAACACUACCGAAAUAUUCACUUACGGAUUCACACUGGAAAUGAUGUUUCCUGCUGUGAUCAAUGUGGGAAACUGUUUACAACAGAUGCACAGUUACAACGACACAUGUUUAGCCACACUGAGGAGAGACCUUACAAAUGUGACCUGUGUGAGAAGACUUGUAAAUCUCCACAUCAGCUGAAUCAACACCAACAGAUCCACACCAGAAAAUAACACUACAAGUGCAGUUACUGUGAGGAUGUAUUUAUUUUUAUCUUGUAAUUGUAACCUGAGUGUUUGGAACAAGUCUGAUCAGUAAACUUAUGGAGUUAUACUGAAUGAACUGUUUGGAAAAAUGAAGAAUCAUUUUCUCUCAGUAAGCUGAGUGUUGUAAUGUAAACAGUAAAAUGUAAUUGGACAUUGGCAGAGAUGCUCUUUAUUUCAGGCGACGUUCAGGAUAAAAAUGUUGAAGGAAUUCCCUGAUUUACACUGUCUUUGUUUAGAAGCGGAUUGACACAGAUAGAUCGAGUUCUCAGCCAUGUCACCACUGUGGUGGUGGGAAAGAGUUUCUUUCUUCUUUCUUUCAUCAUUUUCUCCCCAAACUACAAAUGUUUUCACAGCAGUUGCUCUUAAAACCUCCAAAAUGAACUAAAUCCGUCCACCAGCUUUGAAACAACACCUGCUGUGACUUUAUGUCCAGAAAAAAGAAACUCAAGCUAAACUGGUUUUGGGCUGUACUUCCAUAUAAUACCAGUUUGUACCAGAAGAUGAAGCAGUGAGUCAGUGUAACCUUUAUUUAAUUGGGCAAAGACCACAUUCGUAUUCACAGUGGCAGCAAAGAAAUGUUGAAAGUUAAAAACAGCAGCACACAUCAGGACCAUUUUAAAGAUCA